AUGCGCUUCCUCUCCUCGACGCGGCUGAUCGAUUACUCGCUCCGUCUCCUCCGAUCUCCACGCACCGCCGGUCCUAUUCAUUCUCAGUGGUUUUGCAGCAAGUCUCGAUCGGCGACUACUCCAAUGGCGACGGCGAUUCCUCCUAACAGCGCCGUUAGCCACUCAGAAGAAGCCCUCGCUGGGAAGUUGUGGAUCAAGUUCAACAGAGAGUCUCUCUUCUCUAUAUACAGCCCCUUCGCCGUCUGUUUAGCCGCCGGAAAUCUUAAGAUCGAGACAUUCCGCCAGUAUAUUGCUCAGGAUGUUCAUUUCCUUAAGGCCUUUGCUCACGCGUAUGAGCUGGCCGCAGAGUGCGCUGAUGAUGAUGAUGAUAAACUGGCAAUUUCUAAUUUGAGGAAAAGCGUGAUGGAGGAAUUGAAAAUGCACAACUCAUUUGUACAGGAUUGGGAUUUAGACAUCAACAAAGAAGUGAGUGUUAGCUCGGCAACUUUGAGAUACACCGAGUUCUUGUUAGCUACAGCAUCCGGAAAAGUGGAAGGACUCAAAGCUCCCGGCAUGCUUGAUACUCCAUUUGAGAAAACGAAAGUUGCUGCCUACACGCUUGGUGCUGUGACACCUUGCAUGAGGUUGUAUGCCUUUCUUGGUAAGGCGAUUGGAGCACUUCUAGAUCCGAGUGAAGUGAACCAGGCCUACAAGAAAUGGAUCGAUAAUUAUUCUAGUGAUGCUUUCCAGGCAUCAGCCAAGCAGACUGAAGACUUGCUUGAGAAGCUUAGUGUCUCCAUGACUGGCGAAGAACUAGACAUCAUUGAAAAGUUGUAUCAACAGGCUAUGAAACUUGAAGUAGAGUUCUUCCAUGCCCAACCACUUGCUCAGCCUACCAUAGUUCCACUGCUCAAGAACCAUUUAAAAGAAGACGUGGUGAUAUUUUCUGAUUUUGAUCUGACUUGCACAGUUGUUGAUUCUUCUGCUAUUUUAGCUGAAAUUGCAAUCGUAACUGCUCCAAAAGAUGAUCAGAGUCGAUCAGGGCAACAAAUUCAUCGGAUGCUGUCGACUGACCUUAAGAGCAGCUGGAGUCUACUUUCUAAACAGUAUACAGAGCAUUAUGAAGAGUGCAUCGAGAAUAUUCUGAAUAAGGAAAAAGCGGCCAAGUUUGACUAUGAGGGUUUAUGUAAAGCACUGGAGCAGCUCUCAGAGUUUGAGAAGAAGGCAAACAAUCGAGUGAUCGAGUCUGGUGUACUUAAGGGCCUUAAUCUGGAUGAUAUUAAGCGAGCUGGGGAAAGGUUAAUUCUUCAAGAUGGCUGCAUCAAUGUCUUCAAGAAAAUUUUAAAGACUGAGAAUCUGAAUGUCAAACUCCACGUGCUUUCAUAUUGUUGGUGUGGUGACCUCAUCAGGGAGGCCUUUAGUGCAGGUGGAGUAGAUGCAGUGGAAGUACACGCUAAUGAAUUCACAUUCGAGGAAUCCAUCUCAACUGGUGAAAUCGAAAGAAAGGUGGAAUCCCCGAUCGACAAAGCUCAACAGUUCAAAAGCAUCAUACAAAGCAGAAAUCAGAAGAAAAGCCAACUGACUAUUUAUAUUGGAGAUUCAGUGGGUGACUUGCUCUGUCUCCUCGAAGCGGACAUAGGGAUAGUGGUAAGCUCUAGCUCGAGCCUCAGGAGAGUGGGAAGCCAUUUUGGGGUCUCAUUUGUGCCAUUGUUCUCCGGAAUUGUCCAGAAACAGAAACAACACAAGGCUGAAGGAGAAUCAUCAUCAACCUGGAAGGGACUCUCUGGCACACUUUACACGGUUUCAAGCUGGGCCGAAAUUCAUUCCUUCAUUCUUGGAUGGGAGUAA